AUCUGUCUGCUUUUAAUGGGGGAAAAUACGUUUUAAAAACCCCACAUGUCUCUUCUCGAAAGGAAACCACUUUUUUUGCAGUGUGGAGUCUUGGUUUUGUUCCGAGGCUCCAUUUCUAUCAGGCAGAAAGGGGCGGGGAUGGGAUAUUCAGAUGAGCCGGAGUGACAGCUCCAGUUUCCCCCAAUGCUCUGUGUGUCUGAAACUCCACUGGCUCCUUCCCUCCUAACUCCUCACUUCAUAGUGCUGCGUACUAAAAACAUCGGACGCUAGGGGAUCAAGACGCAUGCCACAUUGCCUCUAUGUGGGCACUUUAACAGAUCUUUCGGGCUUUUUUUUUCACAGUAAGGGGGCUGUGGAGGGAGGCCUUUUUUUUUCAAAUUUCCACUGUCUGAUGACUGUUUGCACGGCUGAUUAUUGAGCUGAUUGUUGAUUAUUUUGGCCGCUCUUGUCCGACGCCCUGUGCGUUCUUUCCUCCCUUUUUGGAAUCGGCGACCUAUCGCGGGCUCACCAAUGUCCUAUCCUCAGGGUUACCUCUACCAGCCCCCAGGCUCUCUGGCUCUUUAUUCGUGUCCGGCUUACGGGGCAUCGGCUCUGGCUGCCCCGCGGAAUGAAGACUUGGCGAGGUCGUCCUCUGGCUCAGCCUUCAGCCCUUACCCUGGCUCGGCUGCUUUCUCCGCCUCGGCCGGCGCAGGCUUCUCCAGUCCGCUGUCAUACUCGGCGGAUCCAACUGCAGGAUUUCCAUCCUACAUGUCCUCUCCAUAUGACGCUCACACAACCGGCAUGGCUGGGGCAUUAAGUUACCACCCGUACGGUAGUCCGGGGUACCCCUACCAGCUCAACGACCCGGCUUACCGCAAGAAUGCCACCAGGGACGCCACGGCCACGCUGAAGGCCUGGCUGCAGGAGCACAGGAAGAACCCGUACCCCACCAAAGGGGAGAAGAUCAUGCUGGCCAUCAUCACCAAGAUGACCCUGACGCAGGUCUCCACAUGGUUCGCCAACGCCAGGAGGAGGCUCAAGAAGGAGAACAAGAUGACCUGGGCGCCCAGGAAUAAGAGCGAGGACGAGGACGAGGAGGACGGAGACGGGGAGAGGAAGGAGGUGGAGCGCUCCGACAAAACCCUGGACAACAGCGAGGCUUCAGCGGAGGAUGAAGGUAUCAGCCUCCAUGUGGACACCCUGACGGACCACUCCUGCUCGGCGGAGUCUGACGGGGAGAAGGUGAGCUGUGUGGGCGAGCUGGGCUCCGACCAGGCCGGAGACAAAUGCGACGAGGACGGCGACGACCAGCACCGCGAGCAGCGGGCUCAGCUGUCACCCAAACCCGUCACGUCGUCGCCUCUCACGGGAGUAGAAGCUCCGGUCCUCAGCCACCACCACCAUCACCACCACCACCAACACCUCCAUCACCUGCACCACCUGCACAGCCAGCGCGAGGAUUUGGCCCGGAGCCUCGUCAGCAGCAACAACCUGAGCACCAACAAAUCGCCCUCCUGCCUGGACAGCAGGCCUCAGAACCCUGCGGUCAAACCCAAACUGUGGUCUCUGGCGGAGAUUGCUACCUCGGACCAAAAGCAGCAACAUCAGCAACUGGGGCAGGCCGGGCAACCGAACUGCCCCUCCUCCAGCGGUGGACUCCUCACUCCCCCGACGCCCUCCACCACCUCCCCGGCUGCCAGCUCCCCCUCCCUGUACCCGGCCCCCUCCAUCCUUGGAAGACCUAUUUAUUACACGUCUCCCUUUUAUAGCAAUUACACAAACUAUGGCAACUUCAGCCCCCUGCAGGGUCAAGGGAUCCUGCGCUACACUAAUUCAUCCGGUGUGAGUCUGGCUGCAGCCGCCGCCGCCGCUGCCGCCGCUGCUGCUGCAAACGAGGGUCUGAGCUCGUCUCACCAGGCUGUGGAGGCCAGCACAAAUCCCAAACACAGGCCAGACUCUCCGCUCGUUAAAAAUAACCCAAACCAGAUUGUUGUUGUCGAGCAGCAGCAUUUCAGACCCGCGAAUUUAGAAUCAAAGAAAGGUACGUAAUGACGCGGUGCGUAAAAAAGUGUUGACAGUUCAAACACGACGACAGCUUCUGACACACUUACUUAAUCUAGUGUUGAAUCUUGGAAUUGUAUUUUAAUUUAAACAAUGGAGGAGGGGAAUCGCUCCAUGGUGGAAGUGAAACGAGUCCACUUGUUUCCACUGCAAAUCAACUGGUUUUCUUUGCGUCACUUCCAUGUGGCUAAAUUAAGCCUCUGGUCUUUGCAUAAGAAACAAGUUGCUUCAUCUGACACUGUUGGCAGAUUUUCACUUGUUUAAAGAGAAAUACGAUUUUAAGACUCAAUAUGAGACUAAAUAACUUAUUGAGGUGGACUUUUUUUUUGGGCAAAUGAACGCGCACUAUGGCCUCUAAUUCGUUUUCACUGCAGUGGUUUUAGUAACUUUCUGGUUCGCGGGGGGAAAUCAGUUUAUAAUUGUCCAUGUUUUUUUAAACUAUAUGCAUAUUUUUUGUGGUCUUUUUUUGGAUCUCGUGGGAUCAUUAAGAAGCAGGCGACGGGACUUUUCAUUUUGCAACAAGUUUGCCUUAGAGUGAAGCAGCGAGGAUGGAAGACGACGAGCCAACUGCAAAACACACGAGAACAUGCAGAUAGGAAUAAGAAAAUGAAGGGCAGGCCUCAGAAUCUGCCCCCCCCCCCCCCACACACACACACACAUACAUACACAUGCACACAUGCACACACGCACGCACACAGUGGCAGCCUGUGAAUCCAAUAAGCAGAGAAAUGUUGCCAUAGCUUUGAGCAGGAAUCCAAUUUUUUCUGUUUCCUCUGUGUGUGUGUGUGUGUGCGUCUCUCAGACCUUAUCUUCUCCCAGCGUCGGAUAAUUCUAAUUACACAGGGUCAGCCAAAAGCAAACAAAUUAGUGAGUUUGCUCUGUGCAGCUCAUCGCGCAACUUCACAUCCUCAAAUGUCACUUGUAGGUGGUUGGUGCGGUUACUUUGCUCUUGCGCACAUAUGAAGCUUUCCCUCCCUGCCGGCGGACAGCCUAAAGAUUUUUUUUUCUUUUUUUUUAGCAGCAGCAGUGGGGAUUUUUAAUAAGCACUUGCAGCAGCACAGAGCUGUUUUUGUUGGUUAGAAGCAGCCUGACAGCCUUCCUGUUUCUGGGGUUGUGGAUGGAAUUGACCAUUUGAUCGUGUGGGAUCGUUGUUCUUUUUUUUUUAUUAUUAUUAUUUUUAUUUCCAUGCUCUGCAGGUAGGUGUCACAAUUGCUUUGAUUAUAAAACGGGAAAGGACGCCACCUUUUUAACCCCCCCCCCCACAACCUCUCCCUCCAAACUGGAUCUAGUGCCACCAUGACGCGGAAUGAACGCUGCUACUGUCCUCAGACUGUCUCAUCAUUACUGUAUUGUUUCAGUUGUGUUUUUUUAUUUUUGGUUUUUCUCUCUCUGGUGGGUCAUCAUCUCCAUGUGCUGGGUUGAAACCGAUUUCCCAUUAUAUGUGAUUUUACAUGUUAUUUCUCAGGUUCCUCUAGUUUUGCUUAUUUGCCACGGUAUAUUAUUUCAGUAUAUAAUUGCGUGUGGAAAACAAACAAACAAACAAACAAAAAAUUUGCCUGGAAACCAUUUGUCUUGGGACGCAAAGUGGACCGAACUGAGCUGAAGAGAACUUGAGGACUUCAAAAGUGGAAUAGCCUACAUUUGAUAUUUAUUUUUUUAAAUGAUGGCGAAACGAUGCCUAUAAUUUAUGCAAGUUGUAUUGCAACAAAUGGGAAACUGACAUCGUCUGUUUGUUUUGUAAAUAUAUAUACAUAUAUAAAUAUAUAUAUUAUGGACGGUUUUUAUUUGAGACGCAUUUGGGAAAAAAGCUACACAAUCUUGUUAUCAGGAUACUUUUACUAAUUUAUAUCUUUGAAUGUAAAUAAAAUCAAAGGCGCUGGUAGAGAUAUACUGGCGGGGGUAUUAUAUCCAUUAUUCAAAUGAGAAAAUAUUAAACUGUUUUCCCAACUAUUACAUAAA